CUCACCAACCAAAUCCACGCAGAAAGUCUCAUAUCUACAAUGAAGACGUAAAUACAGUCAAUGAAAUAGUUAUUGUGCUAACUCAUUGCGCUUCUUUUUGCGCGGUAACGCUAACUCUUUAAACGAAUGGUUUGGAGCGAACGCUGCAACAGAGAGCAACAUUGCAUUGCUAUCAACAUGCUGCAAACAGGAAAUCGGGUACUUUAAACGAUGAUUUUGUUAUGCAACACAUUACCUAUGUAAGACUUAUUCCGCUUAAUUGAAUAAACACUACAAACAACAUGCUAGCUUAGGUCGAUGUCUUUAACUACGCCCCAGAAUGUUAGUCAAUAACUAUGUAUGAGCGUAAAAACAAGCGCAAAUAAGAGAAACGUCCGAAAUGUCGUCGGACAAGUUGACAUGGACGCUGACUGGAGCUACCGUCGCCGGUGUUUUAGCGGUGUAUGUUCCGUGUGCUCCGCGGACUGUGCCCGGUGGAGACUCAGGAGAGUUGCUGACUGCUGCCUGUGAGCUGGGGGUGGCUCAUCCUCCAGGAUACCCCCUCUUCACCAUGCUCUCUUCUCUGAUGCUCUCGCUGCUUCCUCUCAGUUCUCCGGCACACAGUAUCAAUGUCUUGUGCACUGUCUUUGGGGCCGGGGCAAGCGGGGCCCUCUGCUUUACUGUCUGCAGGGUGUCAGGGCCCGGUCCAGGGGCUGUCCUGGCAGGUGGAGUGUUUGCAGUGUCCAGGCUGGUAUGGCAGUGGUCAGUCAUGGCUGAGGUCUUCUCCCUGAAUAACUUGUUUGUGGGCGUCCUGUUCACCCUCUCUGCAUGUUUCCACUGUGCAGAAAGUGUUCAUCAGAAGAAGAAGUUUGCUCUGUGGGGGGCGCUGUGCUGUGGUUUGAGCCUGUGUAAUCAACAUACACUAUUCUUAUAUGUUGCUGUCAUAAUUCCCUGGGCGAUCCUGCACCUCUACACUCAUAAUGGAUUGUCCUUCUAUGGUCUGUUGUCUCUGGGGACGUGUUUUCUGGCUGGCUUUGUGCCCUACAUCUACCUGCCCAUUUCCUCCUAUCUGAACCGAGCUCGCUGGAGCUGGGGAGACCAGACGUCACUUAGUGGUCUGCUCACACACCUGCUCAGAGCUGAAUACGGCACCUUCAGUCUGGCAAAAACAGAAGAAAGCGUGGACUUCAUUCAGAUGUUACAGGCUCAGUGGAAUCACUGCAUGAAUGAUCUGUCUACUCCAGUGCUGGUGUUGGCGGUGCUGAGCGUUCUCUUCUCUCUGAGGAACAGGGGGCGCUUUAUUUUUGUGUGGUUGAUACUCAUCAUGAUGAGCAUCUACUCUAUGUUUUUUGCCUGGAGAGCGAAUCUGGAUAUUGAGAAGCCACUGCUACUGGGGGUGGUGGAGCGGUUCUGGCUGCAGGCUGAUGCAGGGGUGUGUGUGCUUGCUGGUCUGGGUCUAAGCUGGACUUUGUGUUGGCUGAACAGGCGCCUGGGCUGGGGUGCGGUGUGGAACACGGGAGCCUGGAUUCUCACUGUGGGCCUCAUAUCACACUUGAUCAAUUUAAACCAUAGAGAGUGUGAUCAAAGCAGGAAUGACGUUGUGGACCGGUUUGCUCGUGAGGUUGUGUUCUCAUUACCGGAAGGCUCGUUGGUGCUGACGCGAGGUGAUCUCCCUGGCAACACGCUGCGCUACCUUCACUACUGCCAGGGGCUCCGGCCAGACCUCAGCCUAGUCGACCAGGAGAUGAUGACGUAUGGCUGGUAUGUGGCGAAACUCCAGAAACAUCUACACAGAGUGAAGUUUCCUGGAAGUCGGUGGGAUCCUGUCGACAGUGCGGAAAAGAAAACCUUCAGUGUUGAACAGUUUCUCAAGCACAAUAUGCACAGGCCUGUGUUUGUGUGUAUCGGCCUAAACGAGGGCGACCCCAGCUGGGAGAGGAGCUUCUCUCGUUGGCCCUGGGGCGUGUGUGAACAGCUGGUACCUGUGAAGACACCUUUUGAACCUGAGAAAUGGGCCCAGCGCACACGUAACCUCUACAACUGGAGCCAGCCACACGACAGCUUCCAUCCUGGUUCCUGGGAGAGAGUCGCCAAUGAUGAGAUGUGGCAGGCCAAGAUGAAAACAGCCUUCUUUCUGUUUGAUCUUGCUGAGAGGAUGGAGGGAGAAGCGCAGACUCGUCUAUAUGAGAUUUCUUACAAUCUGUAUUGUCAAAUAGUGGACGCCCAGGUGGACUAUCCAGCCAACUGGGAUAAGAACCUGGCUUUAGCUGCCGAGCGUUUGCUGCGCUCAGGUGGCGGAAGUUCCAGUCCAGACACCCUCCUGAGUCGCAGCAUCCUUCACUUCACCCGCUACAUUCAGAGAGAACCGACCGAUCCCCAGAGAAAAGCCAUCCGCUCCACCAUCUCACACCUCAGGAAAGAGAGAGACAGACUCAGAGGCAGACAAAAGAGAUGAAAUGACAGAGAGAACAACUUUUGUACAGGGACAGGCAGGACACAGAGGCAAAAGAGCAGGUAACUGAUAUAGAGAGAAUGGGGUAUGCAGAGUUUAACAUGCGUUGUACAGGGACAGAGGGAACAAGUUCUCUUAUAGUUAAACAGACUUGAAAAUAUGGGAAAAUAUGAGUAUAUGAGUGUGACUUUGACGUCAGUUAUACAAAAAUCAGGGCUCCUUUUUCAUAAAGUACUUUUAGAUUUAUGUUAUUUUUUAUGUUUUUUACAAGACCUGAAACCUAUUGAAAAUAAGCACACUCUCCUAAACCGAACCUGAUUUAACAAUAUUUGUGUGUUUGUUUCAAAUAAAAUAAAUAGAAAUGUUCCACUUUCAA